GGCACCCAGCAGAUUAUAUCUCCAACACACAUAAACGACCACAUUCAUUUUACUGUACUGCUUUGACGAGAUUCAAUAUCAUACCGCGAAACAAACCCUCAGCUACUUAUUAAACCUACCUGGCAUCUGCGACUCAAAUUGCAGAGACAAACAACUCUCUUUUCCUCGAACUCAAUAAAUUUACACCUACACCUACACCAUUGUUCAAUCCUUGAUUAUAAUCAAAAUGGGUGUCAGAACAUUCAAGAUUGGCUCUGCGGCAGGCAUUUCUAAUGACCGCAAAUCUUCUAGCAGCUCAUUGGCAUCAAAAGCUUCUCAGGAACCUGCUAACCUACCUGAACCAUUUCCUAGUCCUCGAAUUCCACCACUCGGAAAGAAACGACUUGCCAACGUACCUCCAUCCGAUUACAGCAAAAUGGUUCUCAACCAAGCCAAAGUUAAAUCCGUCUUGAGCGGCGACAGUCUUGUACUUAGCUCUGUGGACAACCCUGAUCUCGAGCGCAUUUUGUCCUUAGCUUAUUGCACUUCACCACAUCUGCGAAAGGAAGGCGACGAACCGUUUGCAUUUCAGUCCCGCGAUGCCUUACGAAAAUUAGUAGUGGGCAAGGUUGUACAAUUCCAAGUGUUGUACCAAAUUCCCAAUACUAAGCGCGAAUAUGGACUUGUUUUUCUCAAUGAUGGAACCAAACUACCCGAAGAAAUGAUAAAGGAAGGUUGGCUUAAAUUGAGAGAGGAUGCUGGCCGAAAGGAAGAUUCGGAAUCGGCCCUUCAACAACUCGACGCCUUACGUUUAUACGAAGCUACCGCACGCAGUGAAGACAAGGGUCUAUGGCAAGAAAAUGGUGGACGUAUUGAGGUCCAGCAUGACAUGGGUAACCCAGAGUCUUUCUUAGAUACAUGGAAGGGAAAAACAGUGGAUGGUUUGGUCGAGCGUAUAUUGAGCGGUGAUCGAAUGCUUGUGCGUUUGAUUGUUACUCCUACACAGCAUAUCCAAGUUAUGACUUUGGUUGCUGGUAUUCGCGCACCAGCUACGGAGCGAGUCAACCCAUCGAAUGGACAAACAGCUCCUGCGGAACCUUUUGGAAAUGAAGCACGACGUUUCGUUGAGGAACGAUUAUUGCAAAGAAAUGUUAAAAUACAUAUUCUUGGACUUAGCCCACAAAAUCAACUCAUUGCUUCAGUCAUCCAUCCCAAGGGAACUAUUGCCAAAUUUAUCCUCGAAGCUGGACUUGCACGAUGCACCGAUUUCCAUUCAACACUCCUUGGCUCAGAUAUGGCAACAUUACGUGAGGCCGAAAAGCGUGCACAACAUGCUAAAUUCGGUCUGUUCAAGGACCAUGUUGUAAAGAACAACGGGGCAGGUGGAAGCCUCGAAGCAACUGUUACCAAAAUUUUCAGCGCCGAUCAAAUCUUUGUCCAGAACAAGGCAGGUGUUGAGAAGCGCAUAAAUAUUAGUAGUAUUCGUGGACCUAGACCUACUGAGUCAACUGAAGCACCUUUUAGAGACGAAGCUAAGGAAUUUCUUCGAAAACGCUUGAUUGGAAAACAUGUCCGAAUCAGCAUCGAUGGAUCAAGACCAGGCACUGAAGAUUAUGACGCGAAGGAAGUUGCCACCGUUACUUUGAAUGAUAAGAACAUUGGAUUGCAAUUGGUUCAAGAAGGUUGGGCUUCCGUAAUCCGUCAUCGAAGAGAUGACACCGACAGAGCUCCUAACUACGACGAUUUAUUGGCUGCACAAGAGAAAGCCAAGGAAGAAAAGAAAGGAAUGUGGUCUGGAAAGGCUGCAAAGGCAAAGCAGUAUGCCGAUGCAUCGGAAACUGUCCAAAAGGCUAAGCUACAUGUUGGAUCAUUGCAACGACAAAAGAGAAUUCCAGCCAUUGUUGACUUUGUCAAAGGCGGUGGCCGAUUUGUUGUACUCGUGCCUCGUGAAGGCAUUAAACUCAACUUUGUUCUUGCUGGUAUUCGAGCUCCCAAAUCUGCUAGAAAUCCAAGCGAUAAGAGCGAACCAUUUGGUAAGGAAGCACACGAUUUAGCUACACGAAGACUAUCACAACGUGAUGUUGAAAUCGAUGUGUACAAUACCGAUAAGGUUGGUGGCUUCAUUGGUGAACUUUACAUCAACAAGGAGAGCUUUGGUAAGAUCUUGGUUGAGGAAGGUUAUGCAACUGUUCAUCAACACUCUGCCGAACAAUCCGGAAACUCGAAGGAAUUAUUAGCAGCUGAGAAGCGUGCAAAGGAUGCUCGAAAGGGUCUUUGGGCAGAUUGGGAUCCAUCUUUAGAUGUGGAAGAAGAAGAAUACCAGCCUGCCAAUGAUGAUGAAGUCACUCAAAUCAAGAGAGAAAAAGAUUACAGAGAUGUUAUUGUCACCCAAAUUAAUGAGGAUGGAAAGUUAAAACUUCAAAUCAUUGGCACUGGUACUUCGGCUCUGGAGACUUUGAUGACUCAGUUCAAGUCUUUCCAUUUGAACCCAUCCAACUCAACUGCUCUUCCCGGUCCACCAAAGGCUGGUGAUUACGUUGCGGCCAAGUUCUCCGAGGAUGGUCAAUGGUAUCGUGGUCGCAUACGCUCCAAUGAUCGUACUGCUAAGGAAGCAGAAGUUGUUUAUAUCGAUUAUGGUAACAGCGAGAAGAUUCCUUGGUCUCGUCUCCGACCACUUUCCCAACCACAAUUCUCGACGCAAAAACUUCGCCCACAAGCCGUUGAUGCUAUCUUAACUCUUCUUCAAUUCCCUACAGACAAGGAUUAUAUGAAUGAGGCAAUUAGAUAUAUCACCCACAACACUGCCGACAGGGACCUCGUCGCAAAUGUGGAUUACACAGCUCCAGAUGGAACAUUGUAUGUCACAUUGUUCGAUACCAAGAGUCAAAAUUUGAACGAUAGCAUCAAUAAUGACAUCGUAGCUAUGGGUCUUAGCAUGGUUCCAACUAAGUUGAAGGGUUGGGAGAAGGGAUUUGCUGAUGUUAUUAAGAGUUUGACUCAGAGCCAAACUGAGGCUAGACAAAAUCGCCAGGGUAUGUGGGAGUAUGGUGAUGCUUAUGAAGAUUAAAUUGGUGGAUGGAAGAUGAAGGCUGGCCAACAACCAACUACUAAACAUUAUGAAUUUCUCUUCCUGUUCCUCGGCUCAGUUUAUUGCUCCUUUUGAUGAAUUUUGAGAAUGUAUUGCGAGCUUGUUUCUUGCAUGGUAUGGUAUGGCAUGGCAUCUCAUAGCAUAGCAUGAUGAUACAUCCGUUAUCUUUUUAUGGCAUGGUAUUGCAUUGCAUUAUGACUCUGGAUGAAUGGAUGGAUGGAUCAUUUGCAUGGGAUUUAUAAAAGUCUUUUUGGUGGAUGGAUGGGGAUGAAUUGGUUGAUCUAAAUGGGGAGGGGACUGAGUGUUUAGUUGGCUGGCUGGCAUGGGAGAGUUGAUACAUAUCUACCGACCUACCUACGUAUCUCUUGGUCUUGGUCUUGGUAUUGGUACUGAACUAUAUUGGUUUAGACUGGACUGGACUGGACUAGAUUAAAUAAAUUCUUUUUACUUUGAGGAAUUGAGAGACUGAUUUUUGUAUGUUUGUGUGUGUGUGUGUGUGAUAGUUGGUAUAUGAUAGUUGGUAUAUGAUAGUUGGUAUAUGAUAGUUGGUAUAUGAUGUAAUUGAAAAAUUCAUAGAAUA